CACAACGCUCCUGCGAGUGUGAAAUUUCAGUGAAAGGUGCCAAGGUCGUCAAUUAGAACUUGAAGUAGAUGUCACGGUCACUGUGUAAGCAUUGGAGCAGGUUGGUUACGCCAUUCAGAAUAGCAAAUUGUGGCGAGAGACUUCAACUCACGGCAUUCUCCUCUUCCACAACCUCAGCGGAGCAUGACAGUCCCAGUCGACCCGGUCCGCCUCCGAUUCGGGUGGGCUUCACCGAAUCAGCUGGGCGUGGUGUAUUUGCCACUCGAGCCAUCGGAGCCGGAGAUCUCAUCCACACCUCCAAACCCUUUCUGUGCCACCCUUCUCCCUCAUGUAUCCACGCUGUUUGUUACUUUUGCCUCAGAGAGCUUCGAAAUUCGACCAACCCGGUAGAUGCGGGCGCAUCAUUUUGUAGUGAAGAAUGCAAAGAAUGUUCUAAGGAGUUUUAUGAUGUUGAAAUGAAAGCGAAUUGGAUGGCUUUUGAUGCUUAUUGCCAUGAUCUGAUCUCUUUGCCAAGGACCCAUGGUUUGAAAUAUCCAUUUCUGGUAAAACGUUUGGCUUGCAUGAUCAUAUCAGGAGUUGCCAGUAUUGACAGUCUUGACAUACUUCAACCUGCCAGCUUGACACCUGAGAUGAUACUAGAGUUGGAAGAGGGUUUUGCCUUGUUAAGGAAUGCCUUGACGAAGACACUUAUUGCGUAUGAAGAUAUUGCUUUUUUAAGCAAGCAAUGGUACAUUAGUGUUCUGGCACGAAUUCGUAUCAAUGCAUUUCGAGUUGAACUGGCUAGAGGCUUGUAUGAAGAUCUGCUAUCAUCUGCAGUUGCAUCUGUAGAAGCCGAAGCUUCUGUUGGAAAUGCUGUCUACAUACUUCCAUCUUUCUACAAUCAUGACUGUGAUCCUAAUGCACAUAUUAUAUGGAUAGAUAAUGCAGAUGCAAAAUUGAAGGCCCUCCGUAACAUUGAGGAAGGACCAUUUGGCUUUCGUGAGAUCAAUGGCUAUAUGAUGAAGUUUUUUUUCUUUUGUUUUUUUGGGCACAUCUCAGGUGAAGAACUCAGAAUCUGCUACAUUGAUGCCAGCAUGGACCGUGAUGCUCGACAAGAACUUCUGCUUGGAGGAUUUGGUUUUCAAUGCAAUUGCAAUAGAUGCUCACAAGGCGACUAGGUUGUGAUUUCGUUUGAUUGACAGCAUGAUCUGGGCUGGAACUGUCGAUAUUUGUCUAGUCAUUUCUCAGCAUGUUACGAAAUUCCUUUUUGAUAAAAAGAUAAUUAGACCAUGCACACUUUUUUCAUGUAUUAUGCAUAUUGACACAGACGUUACAACUAUAAUUUUUUUUCCAGUAAAAUACUUUUUAUAUCUAUUAAUUUUCUAUUUUGAA